UUGUCGCCUGUCGUUCGAGAAUUUUUUUUGACAAUGUUGAAUGUUGACGUUCGUUUGACAUUUGUUGAUGAAAAAAGAAAAGGAAAUAUUUGAAAUAAUGGAAAUCGAAUAAUAAAAUAAACAAAAAACAUGGAGGUGGAUUUCUAAAAUUGUCUCUCUUUAUAGUCUUUAUGAUUUUUCGGUUUGUAUGAAUAAAACUAUAAAACCGUUUCCACUUUCCAGUCCGUAUAUCUAGAUUUCCACAAAUUUCCACUAAAGAUCUUUGACUUCAGGCAGGGCACAUAUCACUCAUUUGUUCUCACUUUACUUUAGAAAUACUAGAAUGGGAGAUGAGGAGGAUCCAAAAGAAUAUCGAUGGGAGACUGGUUAUGAAAAAACCUGGGAAGCAAUUAAAGAAGAUGAUGAAGGCUUUCUGGAAGCUUCGGUGGCUGACAUUGUCCAGAGGGCCAAAAGAAAACGCCAUGCAUUGAAACAAGGCAGUCAGAAACUAGGCAUGAUGAGGCAUUUAUUCAUAUUAUUAGAUUGUUCUGAGUCCAUGUCCAGUCAAGAUCUGAAGCCCACAAGACUAAUGUGUACCCUAAAAUUGCUGGAAAUUUUUUUGGAUGAAUUCUUUGAUCAAAAUCCAAUCAGUCAAUUAGGAGUCAUCAUAAUGCACAACAAAAGGGCUGAAAAAAUCAGUGAUCUUGCUGGAAACUGUAGGAAACACAUAAAACUCAUAAACAAUUUGAAUAGAACUAGUCUUGUAGGAGAACCUUCAUUACAAAAUGGUCUGGAAAUGGCAUUAUCAUCUUUAAAGUUGUUACCAUCACAUGCCAGUAGAGAGAUUUUAGUGAUAAUGGGAAGUUUAACAACAUGUGAUCCAGGGGAUAUAUUGAACACAAUUGAUAACAUGAAAAUAGAAGGUGUUAGAUGCUCAAUAAUUGGCCUAGCUGCAGAAGUGCAUGUCUGUAGGCUGCUAGCCAAUCAAACAAAUGGGGUUUAUAAUGUUAUACUGGAUGAUAGCCACUUCAAAGAUUUGCUAUUGCAACAUGUUGAUCCACCACCAGCUGCCAAAUGUCUGGAAUCUAGUUUGAUCAAAAUGGGAUUCCCACAUCAGAUCAAUAUAGAGGGGUCAGAAGAACCUUUGACAAUGUGCAUGUGCCAUGUUGAUAGUGUAGAUGAUGGAAGCAAAUUAACAACUGGCGGGUAUUACUGUCCCCAAUGCUUCAGCAAAUAUUGUGAACUCCCUGUAGAAUGUCGAGCUUGUGGCUUGACCCUAGUAUCGGCGCCUCAUCUAGCUCGGUCCUAUCAUCAUCUAUUCCCGGCUGCCAAUUAUGUGGAGAUGACUUUCUCCAAUCAGGCAUCAAUAUGUUUCGCUUGUCAGAAAACAUUUAGUGAAGCUGAUAAACAAGUUUACCAGUGCCCUAAUUGUAAAAAGGUAUUUUGCUUGGAUUGUGAUAUAUUUAUACAUGAUGCAUUGCAUACAUGUCCUGGCUGUGCAACUAACUUGUCUACAUUUCAAAUUACUCAUUCCAACUGAUUUUUUUGGUCAAUAAAACGAUAUGAGAACAAACAUUUAGAAAUUUGAUUGUGUCC